AUGUUUGUUUUACUUUCAAAAGUGUAUUUUGGGGUGAAAAUUAACAAAGAGAUGAAAUUGGGAAUUUUGCUUUUCAUCUUUACCAUGCCUUAUUUACAUCUGCAUAUCCAUAAAUAAAGCAAAUACGAUAGACAUGAAGCGUAUAAAAUUCUAUCUAAAAGUAAACAGAUUUAUCUUUAACUGAUUUCGUUAUUAUAUUUUUGUUAUAAAAAGUUUUAUGAUAAAAUAUAUACAUAAACUCACUCAACUCUAAUUAAAUGAGGAUGUAAACAUGUGCUUACAAGAGCUCAAAGUUCACCUGCAUAUUUUAAUGCGCCAACUAACGUUUCAGUGUAUUAAUCCAGAUGUUGAAAUGGUAUCGUCGUUAGGUACCAAUGUAUUUAAAAUGCUCCGGAGACCACAAUUCAUGGGAACUACGUUCAUAAAAAGGUACAUUUCAUCAGCCCCUACAACGCUCAAAGAUACAAAUUACAUCACAAAACAUUUUGAAGAAAUUUCUAUUCCAGUUCCCUGGGGUCAUCUUAAGGGAAAAUGGUUUGGAACCAAAAAUGUUAGGCCCAUACUUGGGUUGCAUGGAUGGCAGGACAAUGCAGGUACAUACGACACAUUGGCGCCACUGUUACCUAAUCAUCUUGGAUUUCUUUCAAUUGAUUUACCCGGUCAUGGGCAUUCCUCUUGGUUGCCUAUGGGAAUUUCUUAUCACUCUAUUGAUUACGUAUCGUUAUUGUUGCGAGUAAUGGAUUACUUUCAAUGGGACAAAAUCUCAAUGAUUUGUCAUUCUAUGAGUUCUAUAAAUGGAUUUAUAUUUAGCGCCCUUUUCCCUGAAAAGGUUGAUAUGAUGGUUGGAUUGGAUGGUCUAAAGCCACUAGCACGGACUAGUGAAAGAAUAGUAGAUAAUUAUAAAAGUUGUAUGAAUAGUAUAAUUUUACAAGAAAACCGUAUAAACAGUUCAGAGCCACCUUCUUAUGAUUGGGAUGAAUUGGUCGAGCGUUUAUAUAACGGUUCAAACAAAUCUGUUGAAAGGGAAACAUGUAAAUUUUUGUUAGAGCGAGCAGUUCGACCAUCUAAAAAUAAUCCUCAAAAGUAUUACUUUGCACGAGAUAGUAGAUUAAAAACGACGUAUUUUUACAGUUUUGGUGAAGAGGUACCAUUAAGUUUGGCACGCAAUAUAAAUUGUCCCUAUAUGUUCAUUAAAGCAUUACAAUCCCCCUACUUCGAACCACGCCAACAUUUUGAAAAAACUUUGGAGAUUAUGAAACAAAAUCCUCAUUUUGAGUUCUAUGAAGUAGAAGGAUCACAUCACGUUCAUUUAAAUAAUCCAAAUAAAAUUGCGCCAAUGAUAAAUUCCUUCAUCCAUAAAUGGCGUUCGUCUUAAAAAUAGAAAAAUUUAUGAACAAUAAUUCUGUCUCCUUAAAUCGUACAUUAUAUGUAUGUACAUAUGUAUAUAUAAAUAUAAAUCUGAAUGUAAGUUUGUUUUUUACGUUUUCAAGUUGAAACCACUUAACGGAUCAUUAUGAAACUAUGUAAAUUAGACAAAAGUGAUUUAAUUCGAGCGAAGCUACACAUGAAGCUGGUUUAUGAUAAAACAAUGCUGUGAAGUAUUUAAAAGAAAAUACAUACAAAUGUACACAUGGGAAGAAAUAUUUUUUUAUUAUUUUAAAGGUAUUUUACUUUGUAAUCAAAAGUUAGAUCGCUUCAACUUAAUGUAUCCAUACGGAUAACUACUUGUCACGCGAAAAGUAAUUAUUUAAAUAAUCGAAAAAAUAUGCUGAUAGUUAUGAGAACGUUGAUAGUUAUAAGAACGUUGAAAAAUUGCCUAUGUGAUAGAUAAGCUUAUAAUUAUACAAUGUGAUAAAUCAAUAAAAUGGACAAACAAUAGAAAAAUUAAACAAAUUUAUAUACAAUUUUAUAUGUUGAAAUGUGAAUUAAGAUGGCCGAUAUACUUACAUACUUAUUGUAUAUUCAAUUUUAAAUUCGUAAAUUAUGUACAUAAGUACACUGACGGAUAAAAGUUUUGGCACAGCUGAUGUUGGUUGAUUCAGUUCUCUGUAGUUCCGAAAAUUUAAAAGGUAGGUUCUAAUAAUGUACUAGUCAUAUACUCACCUUUAUGUUAUAUAUCACUGUACUUAAUUUCAUUUAUGUUAUAU